AAACGACACACUUUGUGGCUCCGUCGGAGGAGGAUGACGACCGAGCCGACUCUGGCCAGCGCGUCGGCGCCCUUGCCCGAGCAGAACAACCUCGACGAGCUCACGGCCCUCGCGUCGCUGCUCGAGAUGGAGAGCAUCGGCAGCGUGUACGUCGAGCCAGAAGACGAUGCGAUGGCCUUUGACACGUACAUCAGCCUCGAGACUCUUGCACUGCAGAGCCCGCACGGCGGCGGCGGGGCCACGCACCUCCACACGUGGCAAGACGACAACGAAGAUAUUGAGGACGACGACGACGAUCCAGCAGCCGAGAGCAACAAUAGCGACAGGAAGCGACCCGAUGCCGUCUCUAGCAGCGUCGCCAUCGUCGAUGGGCCUUUCCCGCCCAGUGCGCCCCAGGACCGCCGCCGGCCGUCGCUUCGCAAAGAGCUCUUUCAGCAGCGCAUCAAAAGCCACGACAUUGCAUCGCCAGGACCGAAAGGCGACGACCACUAUGCACAGUCGAUGACGCCCGAGUGUGACCUGGCGUCACCGCUCUUGCUGCCCUCGUCGCCCGUCGCCGAGGCCCAAACACUGAACGCCAUGGAAGACAACAAUGCGAUCGACGCGCUGGAAGAAGCCUUGCAUAAGACGCAAGUCCGCGUGCCCCGGGCGCGCAAGGUCAAGCACGGCGGCAUCUACACGCUGCUGCUUCAAGGCAUGAAGCGCCACGACGACGUCGAGAAUGAAGUGCCGCGAAGGGCAUCGGCGCCCGAGCCGUCGCUCGCUGCCUUGCACACACCGCGUACGUCGACGACGAGCACACGGUCGCGGCACGUCACCCUCGGAGUAGAUGAGCACGUGCCAAGUUCCGACGUCGCCAAGCGACGCUCGCCUGUACAGCCCGCGCACGUUCGGCACGGCAGCAUUUACCGCAUGCUGCGAGACAAAACAUAGCUUUUGUUAUCUAAGUGUUAUAGUCGAAUCGCAUCGUUGGAUCGUUGUCACUCUGC